AUGUCGACUUCCCAUUCCCAUCAAAGAGGCCCUAAUGGCUUUAACAACUUCAUCCAAGCAAAUCCUAUGUCCGACGCCACCAACACCGACCGACAUUUCUUCAGCUUCAUCGCCUCCAUAUCCCAACUCGAGGAUGCCAAAAUCGCAUUCUCCUCCGGCGUCUCCCACGAUGUUACGUCCUAUUCUAUUGAUAGAGAUGAUCAGAGGACUAUGCUCCAGAUAUUCACGAAGCCUGUGAGUGACAUGCCAACGAUAUUCAUCGAGAUAAUUCAGAGACUUGGGUGUAUACUGAAAGAUGAUGAAGGCAAGAUGCAUCAGAAGGCAUGAUAUGGAGGAUUUGGCAAGAUGAACUUAUCUGAGCUCUUCAAAUAGAGAGAGAGAGAGAGAGAGAGAGAGAGAGAGAGAGAUAGAGAUGAGGAUAAAAAACUUGAACUGAAGCUCUAGAUUCAAAGGUAGGGUGUGUGUGUGUUUGAUAUCUGAAGAACAGAAGUUUGGUUUUUGAAGCUGGGCAAAAUAAAAUUGAAGAACCUAGUUUUUUAGGGGUCCUUGUGCUUGUAAUCUAGUAGCAAAGUAUCAAAAAAUUUGGGUUUUUUUCCUAAUUUGCAGAUGAUAGGUGAGGAAGAAGAGGAUGAGAGAGAGAGAGAAUAGUCGGUCCUGAGGCUUCAAUUGCCCUGGACGAGCGGAAAAAAAGACUCUUAGGCGUUAAUGUGUAGCGAAUUAAAUUACAUAAACUAUUUUUUUA